AUGAUCGGUGGCGCCGUGAAAGUGGCUCUUGUGGCCAUCAUUGUGUACAGAGUAGCAAGGUCAUUUCUCAAUCCCCCGGAUGAUGUUUUCAAGAAACAUUAUCCGGGAAAAUGCAGCCAGGUCAAGGGUCUUAAUUUCGGAUCUGAAGACCUUGAAGUCACUAAGAAUGGUCUGGCUUUUGUAACCUCCGGAGUAUGGUUUCCUACUGUGUCAAAUAAAUUUGACGAAUUUCUGAAAUCCAACAACAUCCAAGGUAACAUUUUUCUGUACGAUUUUAACCAGCCAGACCUGGGAGCCAGGAAACUGAAGUUGAUUCCCAGCAAGGACUUCGAUCCAGAAACAUUCCACCCACACGGCAUCAGUCUUCUUGAAGAUGAGACUAAUGGAGAACAUUUGCUCUACGUUGUUAGCCACCCAAAACAUGCAGAUGACGCUGUAGAAAAAUUCAGAUACUCGCCGAAAACAAAUGAACUGAUUCAUCUAAAAUCCUUCACUGGUGAUGUCCUUCAUAUAACCAACGAUCUAACUGUACUUGAAGAGGAUAAAUUCUACAUAUCCAACUUUUUGUAUUUCAAGAAUCCAUAUUUGAGUAUCGCGGAACAUGUUUUUUCUUCCUUUGGCUUCGGAUCUCUUGUAUUCUUCAACGGUACAGCUUUCAGUGUGGUGAAACAAUCAAUGAAUUCCCCAAACGGUCUUUUUUUGUCAAAGGAUAAAAGAAUUCUCUACAAUGCCUUACCCCGGGAACAGUCAGUCAAAGCCUUUGAAAUAAAAAGUGAUUACUCAUUAACUGAAAUUCAGUCUGUUGUCAUUGGUACCUCACCCGACAACCUCCACCUGUCCAAUUCCGGGGACGCGCUCUACACAGGAGCCCAUCCUGUAAUCCCUAAAAUAAUCCAGCAUUUAGGAGAUCCCAGACAACCUUCACCCUCAUCUGUUCUGAAACUGCCUCUGAAAGACGGAAAGAUAGUACCUGAAGAGAUUGUUGAACUCUUCUAUGACCACGGAAACCUCAUCAGUGGCUCGUCUGUGGCUGCCGUCUACAACAACAAACUUCUCAUUGGUUCUGUCAUUAAUAAGCUUGUUAUUUGUGAUGCCAAUACAGCAUUAUAA